UGCGGUGCCUCCACCUCCCGAAACACUACACGGCUCCCCCAGGUAUCUUUGCCACUGUCCCCGAGCCUGCAACAUGCAGCAGGACCUCCCGCCGUACCAGAUGCUGCCGGCAGAGGUGAAGAUGGAGGAGAUGCCCCGGAGCACGACGGUGGUGGUGGAGGAGACACAGCAGCAGCAGCAGCCGCCGCCCCGGGACCACCUGGUGUGGUCCCUCUUCACCACCCUGUACGGCAAUUUCUGCUGCCUCGGCCUCCUGGCGUUCGUCUUCUCUGUCAAGUCCAGGGACCGCAAAGUGCUGGGUGACUACAGCGGGGCCCUGAGCUACGGCUCCACGGCCAAGUACCUGAACAUCACGGCCCUGGUGAUCAACAUCCUCAUCGUCAUCAUCGUCAUCGUAUUCGUCUCCCUGGCCAUCGCCGGGGUCUUAAGAGGCUCCUCACACCCGUACGGGUAAUGGCCACCCUUAGUGCCAUCCUUGCCCCGCGGGCUCUGCUUCCCUCCCCGCCCGGGGCUGGAGCCGGGCAUGCCUGGGGAGUGCCUUCCUGCACCGAAACUGCAAAAUGACAAUCCAUGUGCCUCACCCGACGCCUGCUGCUGUCUGUCCUGCCCCUCUUCCCUCCCUGCCCCUCUUCCCUCCCCACUCGGAGCUUUUGUGGAGCCCUUGCUGAUGGCUGCCCUGGCUGGAAGCGUUCUGAAGUGGACUCUGCUCCCCAGAGCAGCUGAGCACCCCCAACCCUGCCAUGGCUUGCUUGCUGCUUUGCUCUGGAAAUGGAACCCCAGCUGCCUCAAAACAAUUUUUAGAAGGGGCACCCGGCUCAGAGAAACCCUGAAAAUAAAGGCUUUUUUCACUUUU